AUGGCUACAGUGGCUUACUAUGAGCUGUACCGCGGGAGCAGCCUCGGCCUGUCUCUGACCGAUACUCUCGAUGAUCUCAUCAACGAAGGCCGCAUCGAGCCGCAGCUGGCUAUGAAGAUUCUUUCGACCUUUGACCGGGUGGUCACUGAGGUCCUGGCGGACAAGGUCCGCGCUAGGCUUACUUUCAAGGGUCACCUCGAUACCUACCGAUUCUGCGACGAAGUUUGGACGUUCCUGAUCAAGGAUGUGACAUUCAAACUGGAUAACCAGACCCAGGUCACGGCAGACAGGGUCAAGAUCGUCAGCUGCAACAGCAAACGACCCGGGGAGGCAUAA